ACCAAGUACAAAGUUCGUUCUCUAGGAAAUUACCAAAAUAUGAAUUUUUGCUUCAGGUAGAAUGGCGGGUUCUGGGUCUAGAGUUAAAACCUUAUUACAUCAGGUUUUGAAAGGAUUAGGAGAAGGGGAAGGGUUAGACAGAGCUCUUGGUGUUUGUAAAGUUGUUGCAGGAGGCCCAGGAUCCUGUACUCUUAGCUUGGUUGUUGACAAACCCCACACCAACAGGGGAGAAACAUUGCAUGGCGGGUUUUCUGCACAUUUAGUUGACACGGUAACAACAAUGGCUUUAAUGACGAAUGAAGGUGGACUUCCAGGAGUAUCUGUAGAUAUGAGUUUAAGCUAUCUCAAGGCGGCUAAAAUCGGCGAGGAAAUAUUUAUCGAGGCGAGAACAUUGAAGAAAGGGCGAACCCUGGCCUUCCUGGAAUGUGAAAUAAAAAAUAAAAAUGGCGACCUUCUGGUCAAGGGUUCUCACACUAAAUUUAUAGGUUCAUAAUUAAGCGUUGGACCUUAGCCUGGGUUAUUCAAAUAAUAAUUUUCUAGUCGUAAUUUCAAGUGAUCCUCCAUUUAAAGAGGUCCAUGCUCGAUUCACAAUGAUACCCAUUCAACAAUUGAGAAGAUAUCCUGGUUUUUUUUAGCUUGAAAAGCGUUUAUUUCUCACAAUGUCCUUCAUUGUUUCUGUAUGAAGAAAUUCGUGAGUCCUAUUCUCGGAUAUCUUAUUCAUUCUAUAUUUUAAAGGUACCGUUGUGAAUUGGAGGGUUACUUGACAUUACUUCAUUUAAUCUACUAUGGUAAACGUUGAUGCUGAUUUAUAUUUUAGUCGAAUUUUUUUAUGACUUCCGUCUUGCAAUAAUGCAAUUGACAACUUUCUUAAAUACCGAUCGUAGAUAACAAACGUUAAUUCAUUUUGAACGGUUUUUUUUCGAUUAAAAAAAUCGGGUUAGUCUUCCUUGACAGUGGUUAAAAAUUAUGUAAGCGUAAUUUUUAUUGACCCUUCAUGCAAAGAUGGCAAUCUUGAAAUCUUAAUCUGAUUAAAGAUGUGGAAGAUACCAUUGUGUUUCUGACCCACAAAUUUUUUUUUGUGAAAUUCUCUAUU